UUCGAAAAAUGUGAAUCGCUUAUUGGCCUCAUCGCCUAGCUUUGCCUGCCUGCUCAGUUGACUAUAUAAGCACCGCGCCCACAUUUCGAGCGGUUUUUUCCUCAAAUCCAAACUCUCCUUAUUCCCUUUACAUCUGGGCUCCUAAUAGUAUCUAAAAACACACAUAUCCUCUUUUUUCUUCCAGCCAUGCCUCGCGUAUCCAAGAGCUCCACUGCCACCACCAAGUCUGGCAAGGUCUCCAAGCCUGCGAAGGCCGCUCCGGGCACUGUCGGCGGCGGUAAAAAGGUCAGCGCGUACAACAAGUUCAUGAAGGACCAGCUGCCCAAGUUCAAGCAGAGCAACCCCGGCGUCACCCACAAGGAGGCCUUCAAGAAGGUUGCGCAGCUGUGGGCCAACGCCAAGGAGAACCCCAAGAACGCCAGGGGCACAGCCUAGGCUCCAUAUC